AGGACAAUUCAUUUCUAUUCACAGAAUUUUGCUCUAUAUUAUCUUCUUUUCAUACUAACCUAAAGCUGCAAUAAAGAAAAACUUUGUAAAAUAACAUGGCUUUCCUUCUCUUCAUUUGGUUCAUCUUCUUCCCAGUUUUUGCUCAAACUCAGCCCACAACUUUCUUCUUCAAUGGUUUUAAUGGAAGUGAAUCGAAUUUUACGUUUGAUCAUGGAGCUUCCAUUAGUAGGCCUAGUGGUGCCCUAAAGCUGACAGACAAUUCACGUAAUACAAUCGGCCAUGCAUUCUAUGCAGAACCAAUUCAAAUGCUUGGCGAAAAGUCUUUCAGCACAACUUUCGUGUUAGCUAUCGUUCCUUCGAGCUCCGGUCGAGGACUAGGUGGUCACGGUCUUGCUUUCACGUUGUCUCCGUCCAAGCAGUUCACCGGAGCCGAAGCGGAGCAUUACAUGGGAAUAUUUAACAAGGAGAAUGAUGGAUUACCCUCCAACCAUAUUUUCGCGGUGGAAUUCGAUACCGUCAAUGGACACAACGACAAAGGGGACAGUGAUGGAAACCAUGUCGGGAUUAACAUCAAUAGCAUGAAUUCAACCGUGUCAAGAUCGGCCUACUAUUUCAUGGGUAACUCGGACCGGACAGAGGAUAUGGUGCUGGAGAGCGGCGAUCGGAUCCAGGCCUGGAUCGAAUAUGAUGGGAACGUUGUGAAUGUUACAAUUAGUCCUUUGAACAUUAGCAAACCCUCGAAGCCUCUCAUUUCUAGUCCCAUUGACUUGACACAUAUUGUUCCAUCCACCAUGUACGCUGGCUUUUCUGCAUCCACGGGGCUAAAGACAAGCUCCCAUUACAUAUUAGGGUGGAGCUUCUCGACGAACGGAACAGCGCCAGUGCUCGAUAUUUCCGAGCUUCCCAUGGCACCAGCAAGAGAACAAGACGGAUCAUCCUACGAUCGUCGAGUCAUCGCUCUUAUUGCUUCUUUAUCGACCGUGACUGUUUUAUUGUUGGGAAUAUUGAUCUAUUUCACGUUGUACAAAAGGCUUGGCGGGUCAGAGAAUCUUGAAGAUUGGGAGUUAGAUUGUCCUCACCGGUUCCGGUACAAGGAUCUUCAUGCAGCAACUAAGGGCUUCAAGCAGAGUGAGAUCAUCGGAGUUGGAGGAUUUGCUUCCGUAUACAAAGGUGUUUUGCCGAUGACCGGAACUGAAGUUGCUGUUAAAAAGAUAACCCAAACUCAAAGUUCAAUCCACGGUUUGAGAGAAUUCGUAGCCGAGAUCGAAAGCUUAGGAAGAUUAAGGCACAAGAACUUGGUUUAUCUUCAAGGAUGGUGUAAGCGAAAGAAUGAUCUUCUUCUCAUCUAUGAUUACAUUCCCAACGGAAGCCUUUAUUCCCUCCUCUUCGACAAGACACAAGGCUUUGUUUUAAGCUGGAACAAAAGAUUCAAUAUCAUUAAAGGAAUCGCCGCCGGACUCUUAUAUCUGCAUGAAGAAUGGGAGUUGGUCGUCGUUCAUAGAGACGUGAAGUCGAGCAAUGUUCUAAUCGACGCCGACAUGAAUGCACGGUUGGGGGACUUUGGUCUCGCGAGGUUGUAUGAUCACGGCACCGAUUGGCACACCACAAACGUUGUCGGAACUAUCGGAUAUAUCGCACCCGAAUUGGCUCGCAACGGCAAGGCUUCUACUAGCUCCGACGUUUUCGCAUACGGGGUUUUGCUGCUCGAAAUCGUUUCCGGGCGAAAGCCCGUCGAUUCAAGGAACUUCUUCUUGGUGGAUUGGGUAAUCGAGUGCCAUCAAAUGGGUGACAUUCUUGAUGCGGUGGACACCAAGUUGAAUUCAAGUUAUGUAGUGGAAGAGGUGAAGCUGGUGUUGCUGUUGGGGCUUCUUUGUUGUCAACAGAAGCCUGAAACUAGGCCUAGCAUUAGCAAAAUUGUGCGGUACCUCAACGGGGAUGAGCAUCUUCCUUCUAUUGAUGACUGGGAUUCCUUUGAUUCUAGAGAUGAAAUGUACUCCAUGUUCCUGGAAACACUUUCUUCUCAUAGCAUCACUAAAUCUUAUCCCUCAUCUUCCACCGGUGCCAUCUCUUCCAGUUCCAUUAACAGAGGCAUAUAGAUACACGAUUCGGACCCUUAAUUUGUUUUUUUCUUCUUUUU